AUGGUCGACCCCGAUCCCAGCAUGUGGAGAAACCCAACCAACCCCAAGAUCUCGACUCCAAGACCAGCCUCAAGACCAACCACCAAAGGCAUCAACCCAGGACAUCAAAACUUCGACCUCAGCGAUGAACAGUUCACAAGCGAUGGAGCCGGAAACUGGCCCACCAACAAGACUCGCGUUCAGGACGAGGAGUUCCUGAAGAAGCUCACCAGUGCAUACAACGCACGUAAAGACCUUGUCGACCAGUGGAGCGAACCUUCCAAGGGUUACGCUCUGUUCAGACAAUCUGAUCUGACCGUUCAUGGACAUCCCAGCGGCAGAUCGUUCAGAUCUGUCAAGCUCUUCGUCGAUCAUGUGCACAGUAUCAUGACGGAGACGGUCGCCAGCUGUCGCUGCGUCGUAUGCCAUCCUACCUAG